AUGAUGAUCUCGAUACAAAGCCAUUCACUGCAUUUUCUCAGCAUAGCAAUUGCUCUUUUCUCCUAUUUCUCAGUACUAGCCGCUUAUUCAUCAAUUCCAAUCGAAACUGGAUCCGACCAAAUUCUCAUCAAACCCCCACCUCGCCGUUAUGAUCGUACUUGUUUCUUUUCACCACUCGGCUGCCUUUUUCACCGCAACAGGAGGCAUUUUUCUCAUAUUCACUUGUCAAAAUCGCUUGGUGGGCGAAUCUCGGAUCAUCUCCGACCCGAUCCAAAAGGGAAAAGAGAAAUCAUCCUGGGAAACCCGGAUCGAACAGGUGAAGAGCCGCGUGAAAACCCGUCGAUUGGGGUCGCCCAUUUGGAAACUUUCCCAUUCAAAUCAAUGAAUUCCCGUGGAUGGCUUCCAUCAGCCACACCAACUGAUACACUUUAUGAUGAAGAUGAAAUUGUUCCCCAUUAUUUCUCAAUUCAUCGUCCACGACCUGAAGAUUCGUGGAUUCCAUUGAUAUUG